AUGUCCCGUCGCGAGCAGGACGCCCUGCUCGCGCUGUUCAACAGCUUCCGGCCAUCGCGGCGAGUCACUGCGUUUGACCAGCUGGCCGACGCCAAGGUUCUCAUGGAGGUGAUGCACUCCAUUGAUGCGACUCACUUCAAGGGUGGGCCCAAGGCGGCGGCGGCUAAGCCCUCAACCUCAUCUCCGUCCGACAACUGGGUUCUGCGUAUGAACACACUCAAGCGCCUGUACCGCCUUCUACUCUCGUACCCACUGAAUGCACCAAACGCGCAGACGUUAGCCGUCACUACCUUGCCCGAACCGAACUUCAAUGCCGUCGCACGCAACCCCAAGUCACCAGAAGGCUCCGCUGGCCUGGUCCAGAUCUGUCGCCUCUGCGUCGUUGUCGGCGCGAUGGGUCCAGCCAAUGAACGAGUCAUUGCCAAGAUUCAGGCGCUCGACGAGGGUGCCAUGGUCGAGCUCAUGAAGACAAUAGAAGGCGUCAUGGCAACGUUGCCACAGGGUCACGAAGGAGACGAUGAGGCCAAGGAAGCAGAGGCUAGUCCAUUGUCGCCUCCCGUAUCGGCCCUUCGCGAGGAACGGGACCGCCUGUUACAGGAGAACGACGACCUGCGCUCCAAAUACGAACAAAUGACGGAGCAGGUUGCCAACCUGAGUGUCCAGAUGAAUGAGGCCUCGGAAGCCCGCGAGAAUGACCGUCGCGCUUCCUUGGAAGCUGCACGCACCACGACUGUCGGCAUUAGCGAAACCGAGUCGCUUCGCGCCGAUCUCGUCCGCGCCGAGGACGGACUGGCAGAGACCGAAGCUGCCCUGGAGAAGCAGACCACUCUCGUGGCCGAGCUCACCAAGACUGUUGAGGAGCUUCGUGGGACUGCGUCCGAGGUUGCCAAACUCCGUGACCAAGUGGAAGAGUUCCGGCAAGUAGAGGAACGCCUGCACAAGAACGAGAAUGUUAUUGAAAAGUACAAGAAGAAGCUGGAAGACUCGGCCGGUCUCCGUCGCGAGCUUCGUAUCCUGGAAGAGGAGAAUACCGUCAUGAUGGACAAGAACGCCAAGCUCGAGGUCGAGUUGCGCAAGCUCUCCGCUGCCAAGGCCCUGAACGACAACUACCGCACACAGGUUGAGACCCUCGAAAAGAGCACGAACCAACAGGCGUCUGAGUUUGCCAACCUCACGGUCCAGCUCGAGCAGGCACAACAGGCCCUCGCCGACAUGGAACGUGACCGUGACCGCCUUCGUGACGAGAUCCACGUCCACCAGGAGCGCAUCAAGGAUCUUGAGGCGCCCAACAAGCAGCGGCCCAUUUCGAUGAUGGGAUCGCUAGAUGUCGGAGACACGUCGCUAGAUGCCGAGCUGGACCUGACAGGUGACGAGAAUGAGGGUCUCAGCAAGACCGAGCUGCGUCGGCGGAUCCGCACCCUCGAGCACAAGCUUGCUGGUGUGGAAGCACCAUCCGAGGACAGCGAGAAGAUGGCUGCCCUCGAGACUAUGCUUGCCGAAGCCGGUAAAGGUCGCGAGCGGUACCAGGCCGACUACCUCGAGGCAAAUCGCCAGAUGCUCCUUACACAGGCCAAGCUCGAGCAUAUUGUCACUGGCCGCGGCGGUGACGAGACUGCCACUGCGCUGGCCCUUCGCCAAAAGCUCGACGAGGUCCUCGAGGAGCGCGAUCACCUCGUCAAGGAUAAACAGGCUGCCGAGGUCGCCCACAGCGAGCUUGUUCGUCAGCUCACCAACGUCAAGGCUGACUUGGGUCUUGUCGACAAGGACAAGCGCAGCAUCAUUGCCUCUGCCCGUGACGAGGCACGUUCCGAGAACCAGACAUACAGCAGGCAGGUCACGCACCUGACCGACGAACUGGCCACACUCCGCGAACGCGACCGCUUGCACCUUGAGGAAAUCCGUCAUCUCAUGAUGGACAAGAUUGAGAUGCAGGCGUCGGGUAUCGAGCAGGGUCAGGAGGCUCUUGAACGUGAGCGCCGUUUCAACGACAUGCGCGCCUCGCUCGAGGCGGCUGGCAUACCACUUGCAUCUCAGGGUCCCAUGCUCGACAUGCAGGAGCGCAACGACAAGCUCACUACCGAGGUUGCAACGCUCAGCGAAAAGCUCAAGAAGGCGCGCGCGUUCAUCAAGAACCAGGACGCGCUCUUCCGUGCCGAGGAAGGCAAGAGGCUCUCUGCAACGACGAGCGAGGCUCAGAAGGCGUACGAAGCGCAGAUCACCCAGCUAAAGAGCGAGCUCUCGCUGGCGAAGAGCACUGCCUUGUCGAUGGACUCUCGUUACCGCCAAGAGCAACAGCUUAUGCUUGCUGCCUGGCACGACGUUGGAGCUCGUGUCGUGCGCGACCACGUCGUGGCUGCAGGCCUGCGCCGCCCAGUGGUACAGCGUCCAGCUCCCGUCGCCUGGCUCAGCCGUCAGAGAAAGCACCAGGACGAAGCCCUCUUCGCCAAGUGA